CGACGGUGGCAGACACCUCAUCAUCAUCAAGGCGGUGACGCGGCGCGGCGAGACGGCGCCAGGGGGCACACGUGUCACCCCCGCCCCUGCUACGCGGCCGCCUCUCUCACUCUCUCAGUCAGCCAGUCUCUGUCCCUUUCCCAGAGUCCGAAACUCAUCCUUUCUCUGCCCAUCCUCAUCAUCUUUGUUGCUCCACGGGGAGAUCGACCCAAUUCCAACCUACCGGCCGGCGUCAGCAGGGCCGCAGACGGGCUAGCAAGCUAUACAGGCCAUGGUGGCCGCUUGAGCUGAGAUCCAGACUGACAGAGGCUGCUCCCACAUGUAUUCUUCUUCUUCUUCUUCCUCCUGCUUGGUCGUAGCGCUCGCUCGCUGGUUCCUGCGGCUGGCCGUGCAGCUCCCGGCGCUGAUCUGCUUGGAGGCCAUGGCGUGCGCCCUCGCCUUCCUCACCUCCCCCCUCCGCGUCCUCGCCGCCGCCGACAGAGAGCGCAAGUUGGAUGGGCUUUUGGGGGAGAUGGAGGCGCAGAUGGAGAAGGUGGUGUGGGAGAACAGAGCACUGGAGGAGAAGCUCAAGGCGGCGCUCAUGGAGCAGGCGGACUUGGAGGACGUCCUCGACGAGAUGGACCAGGAGCACGACGAAGCUUUCGCCAGGAUCCGCUUCCUCGAGGCCCAGAUGAAGGCGCUCAAGAAGGAGAACCUGCGGCUCCGCGAACUCAAAGGGAAGGCCGCCUGGGACGAGAAGAAGAAGCCGGCGCCCGCACUGACGGCGGGAGGCCGAGAAGAGGAGCAGGAAGAAGGCGAAGAAGAGCAGGAGGAGGGCUUCGUGUUCGUGUCCGGCGACGAUUCGAGCAAGGCGGCGGCGGAGGAGGAGGCCCAGCGGCAGCUCGGGCUGUUGGCGGCGACGGCGCGGCGGCGGAGCCUGUUCAGCGUGGGGAUGUCGGCGGCGGUGGGCGGGGUGGCGGCGUGGGCGGCGGCGGAGGACGCGCCGGCGCACGCGUGCCUGCCGCUCCUGGCGGGGCUCCUCGCCGUGGUGGCCAUGUCCAUGUGCAGCGUCGCGCGCCUCUUCCGCGCCCGCCACGGCCGCCGUCAGGCGUCCGGCGCGGUGGCGCUGCUGAGCGUGAACUGGUUCCUGCUGGGCGUGCUGACGUACCCGAUGCUGCCCGGCGUGGCGCGGGCUGUGCUCCCUCGCGCCGCCCGCCUCGCCGGCCCCGCCAUCGCCUGGCUCGCCGCCGCCGUGCCCCUGUGAGAAGCGAUCCGGCCAAGCUUUGCUCCAGAGCGGCAUCCAUUCCGUCGACGUGUCUUGGUCUCGGAGCUUGAUGAUGCAAUGCAAUCGCCGCUUCGUUAAUUUUGGCUUUGUGUGUGUGAGAGUCGUGGCUUGGCUUCGCUCGAGUGAACUGAACUGAAGAAGCGGAUGUUAGAUUCUAAUACGCUUUGGACUGUGAGAAUGUAGAAUCAUCCAUCUGUCGCUUGGCAUCUGUUUCUACUCCUACUUGUAAACAAAGGCACAAACCUGCACUAAUGACCUGUGCUUACUUUACCUAGUGUAUACAGAGUAAUAGUACCUUGUAACAUCCUGUGGUAUGACUUAGCAGUAGCUAAAAGUUUAGCUGUCAACCAAGUUAAAAGCUUAGUUUUUUUUAA